ACGCCUCUUGCAGCACGACCUUGCUCGUGAUCAUCUAAUGACCACGUGGUUUUAUUGAUAGGAAAUGACGUGGAAGGAAGACAACGCAUGAGUAUAUCGAAAAUUACGAUUUGAGCGCGAAGAAAUACGCCCUUUUCGGUGGGCGGUCUACUUGCUCUUGCAACGCACUGCGCGUUUCUGACCCACAAGACCAUUUCCUAUGCGCCGCUUUGUUGUACCGGUACAUAAUCUACGCCUUAUCAUCAUCAUCUUGCGCCUUUGUCCUUGACCUUUGGCACGCUUCGGCUACGACCAUAGCUACGACGUUGACACGUCUUGCGUGCGAUUGGAACGCUUGGAAAGGCCUCCGGAUCGCACAUCUUUAUCGUUCCAAAGGUAUUUGUUCAGGAGCGAUGUCUGUUAAAAGCACAAAAUGUGUGCGUAAGCUCGAGAGGCCACGUCCUCUGCGUUCAACAGAUACUCCAGGGUCCGAUCCGGACAAGUCUUUGACGCCUCUGCUUAGUCCUGCCGAGGACACGACCUCGCUGACUGACGGUGUAAUGUGCGCCUCAACCGACCAACUCUUGUUGCUUAGUCAGAUGGAAUCACUCUGUGCUUCCAUUGACAAUGGAAACCGCGGCGCUACCGUGUCUCAGAUAUGCAGCCUUCUGAAAGCCAAGGGUGCUGCCAUGGAAUCCAGUUUCAAAGAUCAGUUGGACCGACACUUCGUCACCCUGCGCAACGCCGCCCGUGACGACGGACUCGACUCCGUCGGCCGCUUGAGGCUCCUCGAAGUGGUUGAACUGCGUGCCAUGGGCUGGCAGAGCGACAAGAGCGAUACGGGAUAUUACGCCCGCAAAUUUGAUGAGCUCGGGGUUGAGACCACCGCGAUCGACGACGCUACUGCAAUGAAACUGUCCCGCGCGUUGCAGCAGAGGCACCAACCGGAGCAGCGUUCACAAAUGGAAACUGUCAAGGCGGAAACCAAGCCAGGUGCGACGCCGCCGAUCUUGCCUUGGGCCUCUCAAGAGAUCAAGAAUCCCGAAAAUUCUUCCAACCCACAGAGUGUCUCAUAUCAAGGCCCUCUGAAAGGUGAGGUUAGUUUUCAAAACCAUAACAUCUGGAAAGAGAGCCCUAAUCUGCAAGACACACAAAUGCACAGGAGGUUAGAAAACUCCGAUAAUGAAGGGGUUGUUCAAAAUGCUAAUGCAAGUACACAAGGCCAACAGAGUGAAGGUGUUGUGGGAAUAGCUAAAAAAGUAAUUUCUGAAAACAUUGCUCGGUACAGUGGGCUUCCAACGCAGAAUGGAAAGUGGGCCAAUGGGACAACCACUGACUACCUAGAUAUGUAUCUGAAGACUCCUGGUGUGCCUGAUGGUGACGCUGAGGCAUGUGUAAAGACUGUCACUGUUGGCAAGGAUGUUGUCCAGAUCAGUGGAACAAACUCCACUAUUGUGAAUAUGUCCACAUUAGUACUACGAAGCUUCUUUUCCGAUGCAACAGCAGACUCGUCUUACCUUGCAAACCCAAAUUUGUCUUGCUUGCCCUCUGGAUCAGGUGAGCCAUCCAACAAGCCUACGGUGCCAGGGCUGCACACAGAUGCAGUGCAUGCUCUGCAGCAUUCUCUUGGACACAGUAGUUUUCAGAAGGGCCAGGUGGACAGCUCACAUGGUGAAGCUUACAAAAAGGAUGAACUCAGACUUGUGAAAGAAGCUGCAGCUUGGCCACCGAGGGACACCUUGCAGUCUGCCAAUGCAACAAAGGCACAGUCUGGACAAGGCAGUUUUGAGAGAUUUGGAAAUACCAGUGGACCUUCUGAGAAUAAGCGAUUCAAGGGACUUGAAAGCCUUGCAGAAUCCAACAGUACUUGUAAUCAGCGCAUGCGUCCGACUGGCUUCAAGGAUUGGGGCAGCAAUGACAAACCUGGCCAAACCAAACAAUUCGAUGGGCACGGAAGCUCAAUGCAGUUUUCAAGAAGUGUUGACAACAGUCAUGUGCUUUCGACUGGCUCCAAGGCGUUGGGCAAUACCAGUGAACCUGGCGAGCCCGACCGGUUCAAGCGCUUUUGGAAUCCAUCACAGUUUUCAAGCAAGGAUGACGGCCAACUACUCUCAGCUGGCUCCACUGCAUUGGGUAGUAGCGGGUCACACAGCCUAACAGGACAGUUCGAGAGACUUGUAGGCUCGAUGCAGUUAUCAAGCAACACUGAAAACCAGAAGUUGGAAGCUUCUGUUGAUUUUAAUGUAUUGGGCAAUGAUAGAAAUGACCAAAGCAAGCAAUUUCUUAGUUCAGGAAGCUCAACACAGUUUUUUAGCAGUUUUGAUAAGCAAAUCUUUCCACCCAUGUCAUUGGGCACUACCGAUGUACUUGACCAGCCUAAGCAGUUCAAGGGUCUUGGAAGACAAGCACUCCUUUCAAGCAAGGUUGACAGUGACAAUAAUCAGCAGCCACUUUCAACUACCUUUACCAUAUCAGGUAGUACUAGUGGUCAGAGCCAGACCAAGUAUUUUGAGACACUUGGAGCAUCAGUAGAGUUUUCAAGCAACACUGGAAAUCAGAAGGUUCCAUCAGGUGACAUAAAGCCAUUGGGCUACACAGAUGGCCCCAGCCAGGCUAAGGAAUUUGAAAGGCUUGGAGCAUCAGUACAGUUUCCAAGCAAUCCUGAAAACCAGAAGGUGCUUUCAGGUAACGUGAAGCCAUUAGGCUACACAGAUCGUUCUAGCCAGGCUGAGCAGUUUGAGAGGCUUGGAAGCCCAAUAGAGUUACCGAGCAACACUGAAAAUAAGAAGGGGCCUUCAGGUAGCGUGAAGCCAUUAGGCUACACAGAUGGUCUCAGCCAGACUAAGCAGUUUGAGAGGCUUGGAAGUGCAGCACUGUUUUCAAGCAAUCCUGACGAGCACACGCUUUCAGCUUCCUUCAAGACAUUGAGUGUUAAUGGCUCAACAGCUGGGAAGAGGCAGCUCAAAGGACUGGCAAGUUCCCGAGAGUUCGAAAGAAGUGCCGAUGACCAGCAAGCGCUCCCAUCGUCAACUUUGUCAGUGGCUGCUGGUCCACCUUGCAGCACUCUCACAGGCUUCAAGACGUACACUAGAGAGUUCCUCCUGCAGUGUUCCGAGUCAUCAUUGGCCACUCAAAAACCACUAGACUUUCCACUGCUGGAUCCUGAGGUGGAGAGUGCAAUGGUGAAGAAGGUGCACCACAAAAGGAACAGUGAAGCUUAAGCCAACAACCCAUUCAUCGAUGUCCAAGCUUAUUGCCCAAUGCUAGAGUGAAUAGAUGUAAGGAAAAAAAAAAUGCUUGAGCACUGUU